GUUUGGAUUUGAUAUCCUGCUUUAUCACUACACAAAGGAGUCUCAAAGCGGCUAACAUUCUCCUUUCCCUUCCUCCCCCACAACAAACAUUCUGUGAGGUGAGUGGGGCUGAGAGACUUCAAAGAAGUGUGACUAGCCCAAGGUCACCCAGCAGUUGCAUGUGGAGGAGCGGAGACGCGAACCCCGUUCACCAAAUUACGAGUCUACAUCUCUUAACCACUACACCACACUGGCUGUCUAUGAUGUCAUUGUUGGGUGCCUACCUGCUUCCAAAAGGCUCUGCUUGUAUAUUUACAAAUGGAGCAAAUAUUACAAAUACAGUGGUACCUCAGGUUAAGUGCUUAAUUCGUUCCAGAGGUCCGUUCUUAACCUGAAACUGUACUUAACCUGAAGCACCACUUUAGUUAAUGGGGCCUCCUGCUGCUGCCGCGCCACCAAAGCACGAUUUCUGUUCUCAUCUUGAAGCAAAGUUCUUAACCUGAGGUACUAUUUCUGGGUUAGCGGAGUCUGUAACCUGAAGCGUAUGUAACCCGAGGUACCACUGUAUGUCACAUGCAUCUCCCAUCAAAUUAAGUCCAGUGUCAAGGUGCUGUUAACAGCUGCGGCCGAUUCCCAGGAAGGCAGUAAGAUAGGGGAACAACAAGCUUUUCCAGUUCUGUUUAUUAAUACAAUUUACAGAGGCAAAUUCAAGAUGCACCAUAAUGCCUAACGUUGCCCUGAGUGAAGCUCCACCCCCCUUCUCCAUUACUUCCCUAUUCAUCUGACUCCUCUUCCUGCCUCCAAUGGUGGCUGGUACGUGACAGUUGCCUCUAAGCUCUCUGUUCGGCUAUUCUCAGUGAACGCCUGGUUUGGGGGGAGGGUACGGGUUCUGGGAUACUCUCCAGUGACGGCGUCUCAUUCAACUGCUGCUCAAGGUCUGCCUGCUGAAUGCUAUCCACUUCCUUCUACUCCUCUCCCAUUAUUUCCCAACUUUUCCCCUCAUCUCCCUCUGAAGUAUGCCCUGUGCCAAACCACUCCUGGAUGUCUAUGCUUUCUCCUCACUAGGCGAUGCCUAAGGUGAUGGUCUCCACCAUUCUUCCUCAUCUACCCAGUCCUGGACACCCAGCAGUGCUAACUCACCUCUCAGGGAUGUGUAUCACAAUACAGAAAUACAUGCUAUUCCCAAAGGGGGUUCAGGGAUGUGCACAGAGAAUCGAGGGGUGGAGGGGUGGGAAUCCCUCCUUCUCUUCAUGGGAGCCUCCACUACGUUGAAGAGCCUUCUGUGAGCACUGAGAGACGACUGUAUGCAACCCGUAACCAGGAAAUGCCCUUAGAAGCUGUCCCUUGCCAAUUGCAAUGGUCAAUGUCCACUCUUCUGUAACAGCUGCUAGUCAUUUAGCACACCAAUAUGGUUCUGAUACAGUAUGCUUGAAACAGCUGAACCAACUGGGACCAAUUUAGAAGAAAGAAGCAUGUUUAGAGAAAAAGGAAAUGACCUAUGACAUUUUCGCCGUAAUACAUUUUAUUUAAUGAUUUCCCACAAGUCCGUUUUUAAUGUGUGUUUUUUAAUGAAUUUGAGUCCUGUUCAUUAUCAUACAGUGAAUCUGUUGUUCUUGUUUAUUUGAGACUGAUCAGGCUUCCUCUUAACUUUCUAAACCAGCUGUGGGGAACCUGUGGCCCAUUGGGUACUCCCUGGUGUGGCCAAGGAGGCAUCAGCUUAUUAUUGGCACUUUCAAAGCACACUGCCUUUCCCCACUAAUAUUUGAUUUCAGACUGUACAAGCAAAGGAAAACGAAUCACCUGAUAUCAUUGUGCCAUGAGAGGAUUGACAGGUGAGCAUCCCAGUCCACAUGUCAAAGUUGGCCAUCAGGAAGUAGGGGAGAUAAGGAUCUGUCCUGCCAACCAGAUCCAAUUCCCCACUCCUGUUCUAAACACUGUGCACCCCUUUUGUUCAAAGCCUCAACAUAAUAAAAUGUUUGUUAUUUUUAAUUCAAUCCAUUAGCUAUAACCAAAACCUUUUUCUGUAGCAAGCCAUGAUGGACGAAACAGACAUGUAGUUCAUUUGUCUUGGAGAACAAGCAAAUGAAAAAUGUGUGCAUCUACAGUAAGGAGGUGAGGCAGGAAAAUGUUAAGUCCUGGGCCAUAGUAAAGAACUGAUAUUAAUCUUUCAGGAGAAUCAGCAAUAUUCUUUGAUGUUAGUCUAGUAAAGUGGAGCAAAUAGGUUUUAAUUCCUUAGGACAGGAUUUCCCAACAGAGUAUUGGAAAGUAGCCCAAAGCAAACAUGAAAAUCCUAUACAACUUCCAGAAGCUUGGACUUUGGUAAAAGUUAAGAAAAUAUUAUGGAGCCAUUCCCCAACAUGCAUCUAUAUUUGCUACUGUUGUUCUCCCAGGGUAGAGAAGCACUUAAGAAGCAGCUCUCAGUUCUGCAGGGGAAAAGGAAAAGUCACAGCUAUGCAGUGCAAUUACUUAGCAACUAAACAGUAGAAAAUAUUGAGAGCUUGAGAAAUAUGACUUGAGAAAAUAUUCUGCUUCAAGAUGAAGUUACUGAGAUAAGCAUUCUCUUAAGAUUGUAACUGUUUCCCCAAGUUAGAAUACAAUAGGUAAAGGUAAAGGGUCCCCUGACCGUUUUUAUUCUUGAUAUAGCUAUUCUUCAGAAAUGAUGGAGCAUUAACUCCUUUUCGUAUUCACUUGGCUAUACAGUCAAACCUUCGUUGUCAAAUGUAAUCCGUUCCAGAAGACCAUUUGACUUCCGAAACGUUCAGCAACCAAGGCGUGGCUUCCGAUUGGCUGCUUCUUGCACUCAAGCGGAAGCCGCAUCAGACGUUUGACUUCCGAAAAACAUUCAAAAACCAGAGCAUUUACUUCCGGGUUUUCGGCAUUCAAUAGCCGAAACAUUCAAAAAUGGAGCCAUUUGAGAACCGAGGUUUGACUGUACAAAUAAAUAACAUAUAAUAGCACAUCAAAUACAAAGUUCUAUUCUGUUCAGUGCAGUUACUUGAUUAUUUAUGGAAUAAAUCCUGGGGAAUUGUUUGUGCCCAAUGUUCCCGGUAGAACAUCAUCUGUGCAAGCCUUGAUCAUUUCUUGAUCAGCUCCCAUCCUUUUCAAUCGAAUUUCAAGCCUUGGACAAGAAAACUUUCUUGUGGAUUGUGCCCAUUCUUUCACUUCACCAGGUAACACUUUAAAGCUGGUAGAAAACUCCCUCGCCAGCAGCCCCUGACACUGGCUGAUUCAAUGUUUGAUCUAGCUAGAGAAUUUCUUCCAACAAAAGGUCAUCCACCACAUGUUAAAAGCAUCCGGAGUUGAAGGUAUCCCUCUCGCUUUAAACGUUAUCAUGCCGACCGAUCACAAACAACAGAUAGAGAAGAAGGGAACUUUCAUGAUUUACAUCACCCACGAAGGCCAAUGCAUGAAAAGAACAACAGAACUGUAAUUUACUGUGGACCAGAUGAAGAAAUUUCAUCCUUAGAAAGAGCAAUCUUCCAUUUCUCUGCUCUGAGCAAAACUCUCAUUACUGCUGUGUGGAGAACCUUUAGAAGCCUAAUCCCUACAAUUAGGAGAAUUUUGUUGACAGGAGCAUGUUAGGAAGAUGAGACAAACUCCCUACCUUUGCCAAACUAAAACUGUUAGGUGGAUUUGUGGCUGGUUGACUGACUGAACCCAAUGAGUGCUCAAUAUGGUUCCUCAUCAUGCUGGGAAAAAGUGACAAGUGGGGUGUCACCUUUGGUUCUGCCUUUGUUGUUCAACAUCUUUAUAAACACCUUGGAUAAAGGAAUUUAGGGGACGGUCAUGAAAUUUGUGGUCAUGAAAGAUGAAAUUUGUGGUCAUGAAAGAUGAAAUUUGUGGUCAUGAAAGAUGAAAUUUGCAGUCAUGAAAGAUGACACCAAACUGGGAGGGGUAUCUAGGCAGAAUUGGGAUUCAAGAUGACCUUAUCAGAUUGGAGAACUGGGCCCCAACAAACAAACUGAAUUUCAAUAGAGGCAAAUGUAAGGUUCCGCACUUAGGUAGGGAUAAUCAGCUGCACAAAUACAUGUUUGUGGUUUAGCCUAGAUAAGAGGAGACUGAGAGUAGAUAUGUAUCUAAAGGGCUGUCACAUGAAAGCAGCAACAGAGCGUGCUCUAACAGUGCCUGGGGCAUUCUCCCAAGCCUUUGGCUAAUUAAACAAUCAAUGGCCUUUCAAACCGUGGAGCAGUUAUUGGUUUUGUUUGUUAUUUUUGUAUGCAUUUUUGUGUUUUUAUACUGUAAACUGCCCUGUGAUCUUCAGAUGAAGGGCAGUAUAAAUAAUAAUAAUUAAUAAUAAUAAUAAUAAUAAUAAUAAUUCCAGCUUGCUUCUAACUAAUAUGCCUUACAUUCAGUUGGUAGGAAGGUUUGGUCUUGCAGAAGAAGCAGGGUACCAUAGCAUAGUCUUCAGCUGCCCAGUAAUCAUUGAAUUUUUGUACUCAGACAGUUCCUAGCUUCCUCCCCACCCCCCACCCCGGUCCUGCUUCUGCACCUUUAAUAGGAGCCAGACAGAAGGAAAUGUGAGCAGGUAACAUUUUUCCUGACAUGGAAAGCUACACUUGCUCCCUGUCUGUGUGCCAGGCUACCUAUGAAGGCGCAGGAGCAGAGCAUGGAGAACGUGGCAACCUGAACUACCCGAUGCCUGUGCAUUGAUUAAUUAGUAACUUGCUCUUCCUCCAAGGAGUUCAGAAUGUUGCUUUAGCUUCUCAACAACGCAAUGGAGAGAUUGUGAUUUCCCAAAGCCCAACGGUGUGCAGCACAGGUUUCAACCUGGGUCUCCCACACCUACUAAGACUACUGUCUAGCUGCCUGGUCAUCAACUGGCUUAAUUCAAAGACCACUUUGCCAUGAUAAGAGGAAAUGGCUGACCAAAUUCUCGUGCAUCACCACCCCAAAAUGACCUGUUGCCAAUUCCCAUUGUCAUGGAUGCUGGUCAUCCACCCACCUCUAGUAAUAUUUGAAGUGUGGGUAGACCAUCAGUGGGCCAGAUCGUGGUACAUUCAGGAGGCUGGAUUUGUGCCAACCUCUAUUACUCCCACUUCACUGGCUCUCCUGAUUUAGUCUCCUCACCAAGAGUCUAGGUUUCCAGAUGACCUGUUUAUUGACCUCCCAUUCUGAUUUCUUUGGACAAAGUUUGUGGAGAGGUGAGACGGCACUGGCUAUUUAAUCAGCAUCCAUUUUUAAUUGUGUGCAGAGAUGUUAGAUGACAUUGCAUCUAGCAAAUGUUAGGCCACACUCCCCAGUGCAUUUUCCCAUCACUUUUCCUAUCGCAAAAAGUCAGAUUUAAUUGCACAACCUGGAUUUGCCAGUAUGAGGUUGAAUUUCACCCAAAAACAACAGCACUCUGGAAGCACCCCGAAUAUCAGUCUUGCACCGUUGGAGAAGAGUUAUUCUAAAGCUAAACAGACCUCUAGAUGGCUUUAAAUUAAACAGACGUGCAAAGGCAACAGUUGGGAUUUGGGCAGGAUUAGCAGGGUUGUAAAUAUAUAAGGCAUAUAUGUAAUUUAUUUCUCAUGGAAAGACUAGAGGUAGUGAGUAGCAAUAUGGAAAUCCAUUGCACCAAAUGUUUUAACAGUAUUUUGCACAACAUUUCUUAGUCAUGAAAAGUCUUCUUGCUUUUAUUCAGAGGUAAUUUCAGACUUAUCAUAUAUCCAGGAAAAGAGAGAAAGAAGAAAUGCCUAAUAUGCCCACCCCAUUUCUGUCCUUGUGGUUUCUUAGAAUCUGUUCCCUUACAGUUACACACUAUUUAUCUAGUUUAUUUCCCAGAAGCUGUUGAACUGCUCUGCAGUCACAGCCAACAUUAAUUAAAUUUUGCAAGUACAGAAUAUUACAUGUCCACCUUUGACUAUUCCCAGGCUCCCCAAUGCAAAAAAAAAAAAAACCCAGCAGAAAAUACUAUCUCUAAUCAAGCCCCACACAACUCAGCUCUUAAUUUGUUAACCCUUCCAUUUCAAUAGUAGGCUUGAUGCCAACUUAAUGGGCCAAUCCACAGAAGUAGUAAAUGAUAGUAUUAAAGAGGAACAACACAGCACUAUAUCGUCACAAAGCUGUCACUCAGUGGUGGCUUGUGAGAGGCGUGGGGGGCAGUGGCAUCCUCCCAGUAGUGGCAGCACUGUGCUCAUUGGGGUGCACUGGGCCAGACAGUGGCAAGAUCAAGUGGCAAGCAAGCUCUGGGCUAGUCUCCAGGGCUUGAUGCAGGGGCUUUUAGAUGCAGAAAACUGCACCUGGUGACCUUUCGUUUGCCAGUCAUUUUACCUUAGUACCAUUAUUGCAACUGAGCUUUUAGAUGAGUCAAAUUAAUGUCCUGGAUCCUUACAGCCUUACUGGUAAGAGGGUCAACCAUAGAGAAAUCAAUGGCAAAAUUAUGUAUAAAGUCAAGGCAGGAAGGCCAUUUCUCAGCACCCUUCGCCUUAGUCAACCCCAUCUGUGGUUCAUUCCUAAACACAAAAUAAAGAUUAGCAGAUCAUAAUAGGGAGCACAAGUCAAUAGUGCUAUUGUAUUGUGGGCUUCCCAUUGUGAAAACAGAAUGCUAAGACUGGAUGGGCCUUUCGUCUGAUUCAGCAGUGGUCUUCUUGUGUUUCUUUUAUUAUGUUCAUUCUGGAUACCAUAAGUCAGUUGCAUGCUUUGGUGGAAUGGAAAUCAAUCUAUUCCAGCCUCACUUACUGAGAGUUACAUAGGGCGUCAGAAGCUACCACACACAGAGUCAUUGGUCCAUCAAGCUCAGUAUUAUCUACACAGACUGGCAGAAGCUCUCCGAGGUCUUCCCCAGCUCUACCUGGAAAUGCUGAGGAGUGAAGCAUUCAACCAUUAAGUGGUGUCGCACCCCUAAGUUAUAGGCCCCAUGAAGGAGAACCUAAGUAUUCUAGUAAUCCUUAAUAUCUAUAUUAGAGAUAAGCAACUAGAAGCAGAUGAGUCUGAUCUGAAUUCCCCCUCCCACAAACCCCUCCCUGCUAAAAAUUGGUUGCCGACCAGGUAUAAUUUUCAAAUAGAGGAACAGGGGCCCUUUGACAUGUAUAUCAGCAUUGCAUGAAAAGUGGAGAAAGUUUUAAUGGAGACAGAUAACGCUUGAACCAACCAAUAACACUGCCUGACAAAUUCCAGAUGGCGAAAAGUAACAACAAACCUCUCCUCCAGAACAGCUGCCUCCAUCUGUCUGCUUCACAUUCUGUAUCUAUCCAGGGAUGAUGGAUGUUGGCUGUUCUAAAGUUAAAACAUUUCUUGAGUGGCCAUCUAUGAUGAUCCCGAGUUUCCUUGACAAAGACAUUCCUAUUUGACUAUGCCCAGACUUCUUUCUGAGAGAUCCUGACAACAGGCAAGAUUAGUCACUCCUAACUGUUAUGCAUAUUGUCUGUUGGGUGCCUAGAAAGCAUCACAGAGUUCUCCCCUAAUUCCCAUUUUUGUUUAUGCUAUUAAUGGCUGCCUAUUCACCUUUACACAUCCUUAAGUAUCCUGAAUGCACUUCGGGAAUUUUGCAAUUCCUCAGCAGGCUGACCUUGGAGAGGUGAAAAUUAAAUGUUCCCCCUGCAAUUUUUAAAUCUAAAUUAGCAUGGGGAUGGUACUCUAAUAUUUGAAAGAGUUUCCUGGACUGGCUUCUCACCAUUCACAGUUAUGUGAUCUGCUUGCUAAGUUGGGCAUGUAAAGUUCUCAUCUAAGAAAGCAUACAGCCAAGCAACUAUGCAGUCACUUUCAGAAAAUGGAGUGCCCCCUCCAAAAAAAGUCACAAUUAAAAAAAAAACUUUAAAAUAAACAACUUAUAUCAAAUAAAGCAAUAUCAAUAAUCCAUCAGAAUAUAAUAGUACACAAUACAAAUAAAUAUCAACAAAUAAUCAUUAAACAGACAUUCACUCUUAUUAAUUACCAGCAAAGAAAUCAAUAAAAAUAAUGGCAAGUCAUAAUGCAUAAAAUUUCACAUUGCAUACAAAGUCAUGUAAAAGGAUCAAAGAGAGAACCAAAGACACACAAGUUAUAAAAUUAUUUAAAAUAUAUAUCUGUGAACUCUUUCUUCCCAGCUGCUUGUGUUGUUCCUAAAGUCAUGGUCUGGGAAACGCUCCUAGGUAGGGCUAGAGGGUGAGGCAAGGCAAAUGGAAAAAGCCUGGCGGCCAACACAAAGUCUUUCUCCCCUCCACCUGCUCUGGCUCCCCCUACUGCUGGCCCACUAAUGCCAAUGAGCACUAGCCCUCACUGAAAACAUUUCAAUGUCUGCCCCAUCAUUGUUCAGUAGUAUUUUCUGGGCCUGCCAUGAUAGCUAUGGGUAAGGAGGAAUAAGUAAGACGUGAGAGCUGGACCAUAAAGAAGGCUGAUCGCCGAAGAAUUGAUGCUUUUGAAUUAUGGUGCUGGAGGAGACUCUUGAGAGUCCCAUGGACUGCAAGAAGAUCAAACGCAUCCAUUCUUAAGGAAAUCAGCCCUGAGUGCUCACUGGAAGGACAGAUCGUGAAGCUGAGGCUCCAAUACUUUGGCCACCUCAUGAGAAGAGAAGACUCCCUGGAAAAGACCCUGAUGUUGGGAAAGAUGGAGGGCACAAGGAGAAGGGGACGACAGAGGACGAGAUGGUCGGAUAGUGUUCUCCAAGCUACCAGCAUGAGCCUGGCGUGCUCUUCUCCAUGGGGUCCCAAAGAGUCGGACACGACUAAAUGACUAAACAACAACAAGGAGAAAUCAGAGUUGGAUUCCAGAGAAUAAGCCUGAGAAAUAGCUGCCACAUCCAAGACCAACAGCAGGGCCUCAAAUCACCUACUUAAACCUGGGUAGGUAAUGAUAUAAAUUAACAAAACAGGGCUCUUUCAUGGCCUUGCAGCUGGAAUAAGUACACUUUAAAAUUAUCUAUAAGCCACCUUGAGCCCGUCAGGGGAAAAGCUGGGGAAUCAUUGUCAUUCUCCUUUAACAAGGAUCCAUUGGAAGGGAAGGCAAGAUUAUGGAUAUACAGUGGUACCUCGGGUUAAGAACUUAAUUCAUUUUGGAGGUCCGUUUUUAACCUGAAACUGUUCUUAACCUGAAAUACCACUUUAGCUAAUGGGGCCUCCCACUGCCACUGUGCGAUUUCUGUUCUCAUCCUGAAGCAAAGUUCUUAACCCGAGGUACUAUUUCUGGGUUAGCGGAGUUUGUAACCUGAAGCGUCUGUAACCUGAGGUACCACUGUAGAGAUAGACUUGCUGAUAGCUGGUCAACCAAGAGACCGAAUAGCUGGUAUUGAGACAAUUUACACAAGGCUCAGCUUUUCAGUUAAAGUAAGACAACUGCCUUUCAUGGCUUGCAAUUCUGAUGUGAUAAAACCACUGUUAGCACUCAUUUGCAUCAAAAGAAUGAGGAUCUGGAGGGCAAAGGCACAAUCUAGUUUGUGUUAUGGCACCUCUCAGGAACUCCCACCCCAUGCCCUGCAGGUGUCUCUCUGCUUCUGCAAACUUCAGUGGAGCUUAGCGUGUUUAAGCCAUUAGCAAAGGCAUUGGGCACAAAGACAAAGGUGCAGCACAUGCAAUUAUUUGUUGCUCCCUUGUCCUCCACUGCAAACAGCCCCUGCUGUGUGCCUUACCUCAUGCCUGUCUGUUACCCAUCCAAGUCUGCAGCUGUGAAGGGGAGUAGAGGCAAGAGCCACCGUGCAGCUGACUCAGGGAAUGAGGAAACACCAGCCAGGCUGUUUCCCGACACAUUCACCCCAAUUAUCUGUUGCAUGAGUGAUGAGCAGGCACAAGGCGGACCCAAGAUAUUUUGCUGCCUGAGUUGAAAGGACAAGCUAGCUAGCUAUAUAUAUAUAUAAUGUAUGCUGCAAAUUCAUUUUUAAAAGACAUCAAAGCCAUUGACAACAAGUAUGAGGCAAUAAGAAGCACACACAAAAUAAACGAUGAAAGCAAAUGCUUAAAAUUUAGUACAGAAGGUUCCUGCUGAAUCUCUAUUGGAUGAGCAGUGGGCCAAUGAUAUUGAAGGCUCAGUUUCAUGUUGAUGUCAAAUGAGCCUCAUCAACUUGAGGAACAUGGCAAAUACACAGGCCCAUAAAGAAGCUGACAGGACUGGUAGUUACUUCAACUCUUUCUUCAACACUGGUAACAGGUUAAUGUCCUCCACUACUCCUGAGGCAGCUGGCUACAUGGGACAGCACCUCUGUUCUUCUGCGAAGGGGAAUAGCCAAGGGGCCCAGGAGGAGCUAACGGGGAGCUACUGACCGCCCCCCCCCCCCAGUAUUUGCCACCUGAGGUGGUUGCCUCACUCUGUCUGACGACAUGGCUGGCCUUGAGCAGCCUUGUUAAGUUAAAGAAAACACAAUACAGUGGUACCUCGGGUUACAGACGCUUCAGGUUACAGAUGCUUCAGGUUACAGACUCCGCUAACCCAGAAAUAGUACCUCGGGUUAAGGACUUUGCUUCAGGAUGAGAACAGAAAUCGCACAGUGGCAGGGCGGCGGCAGUGGGAGGCCCCAUUAACUAAAGUGGUACCUCAGGUUAAGAACAGUUUCAGGUUAAGAACAGACCUCCAGAACAAAUUAAGUUCUUAACCCGAGGUACCACUGUAGACAAAGCAAGACUGCCGCUCUUAAACUCCCCAGUCUAUAGAUUUGUAUGUACAGACCUACAUCCCAGUAUAUAGCUCAAAGGAUACAGUGUGCAAUUUGUUUGUUUGUUUGUUUGAUAGCAUUGAUAUCUCAGCACAAGGUCACUCCCUCCCCCAAGUUAGCAGGCCUUGGAAUUCUAUCUAAAAAAGGAGAUCCCACAAACUUGAAGUCUGCUCACCCCCAGUUUAGAGCUACUUUGUGAGAUAAUGAGACAAAUCGCUACCAGUCCUUGGAUACAGAACGAGCCACUUCAAUGGAAUUAUAUGUCACCACGCGUUUCCCACCUAAUAUUUGAUGGAAAGGUGGCUUCCAUAAAAAAAAGUCAAUAUUCUAUGUACCUUGGCAGCUCGGAAGUUACAAGUGGCUGAUGAUGCAUUAUAGGCUGCGUUUCAGAAAUGGUCUCCGACUACUUGAAAAAAACACCAAGAACCCCAUGCUGAAGGGAAAUCUGUCCGACUUCUAUAUCUGAAUAUCUUCCUGCAGCUCAACGGGAAAUGAUGACAUCUACAAUUUGUUUGAUUAGUCCUUUUGAUCAUUUAUUUAUGGCAAGUCCUGAGCUUGAUCACUCUGCAUUAUUGUCUUUGCCAUGUUUGUGAGGCUGCUACAACUGUACUGAAAUUUUGUGGAUUUCACCAUCCUCAAUUUGAAAGUUCUUAAGACUUAAGGCUGCUAUUUUGGCAGCUUGUGAUAGCUCCUGCAGGCACCAGACACAGCAGACCUGACUCCAAGCAAGAGACAUCCAGGAAAAUGUCUGCUGUGCUACAGAAUUAGGUCAAAUUAAUUGUAAACUGAGUUCAGGUGUAUUUGGGCAAGAUGACUAUCAAAUGAUAAGGAUUUUGUGUUUAAUGUUACCAUUUAAGAAGCUACUGGCUGCAUUUUUUAAUCAGAGCUUCAGGUGGCUGGACACUACUGGCCAAUCAUAUUUCUUCAUGACUGCAGAAGUGAGUUUGUUGAACAGAUCUCAUAAGCUCCCAUGUACCCUCAAAAUCAGCUCUGUGGGGGAGGGGGGCUGGGCACCCUAUGGAGCAUAGUUUAGGGGCAUGGAGAGAGGAGGCAACAUGGAAGUCCCAUUGUGCAUGUGGAAUGCUACUCACACACUGUAGGAUGCAGUCCUUAAAGUUGUUUAAUUUGUAUCAACCAUUCUUUUUAUUUAUUUCUGUUUUAAACUCCUACUCAAGGUCCAAGCCAACCAGGAAGAAGAAUCAUGUUCCACAUCUCUGUGGCACUCUAUCUAUAAAGAUGACAAAGGCCAGGUUGCAUGUUUUUGCAUAUGACUGACUGAAACUGUCUUUUAUAACUUUUUGAUUCAUAAAAAUGUCCCACCUAGCAGCUACAAUGGCUUGAGACAUAAUGUCAAACAAUGCUGUCUGAAUUGGCAAGCUGUGAUCGACUUUAAAUUUCAAACCAUAGUUUGCAAGCACACAUCAAAUCCUGUUUCCGAAAAGCACAAAUCAUAGUUGCCAGUUCGUAUGACACAGUAAACUAUGGUUAGCAUAAGCUGGGAAAGGAGAAUAGAACGCACAUGUUAAGUUGUGGGUAAACAUAUCAGACAACACAGUGAUUCUUCAAACAGCUCUUGUUUAUUCACAGGCCAGAACAGAACUGAACUGAAGGGUUCAGGCAGCCUGCUUAUAUAGAGCUCCACUAGAACGCAACAGUAACCAUUUUCUGUAACUAUCCAAUCACUAAACGUCACUUUCAACCCCUUAUUUGCAUAUGUGGACCUGAGUGAAAACUAUCUACAGUAUCCCCCUGCUGGCCCAGGGUGAGAACUUCAGUGAGAGAAAUGAUAGGAAGCCUGUAAGUUUGCAGGGGUACUACUGUCAGGAGCGUGCCAGAGGUCAAUCACACCAUGCAAGUUGAAAUUAACUCUUUAUUAGCAAAAAUAUGUUUUGCUCAUGAAUUUCAGGCCUAAUGGAACAUAGCAACUCAUCUCCAGUAGGUCUUGCUUCUAUGAAGCAGUUGCUGAGACUGAAGGUCCCUGCCUCCCCACAGCUACCUAAGCCCCCACCUUUCCCGGUCCCCCCCCCCAAAAGCAAUCAGAGACUGCUUCUGCACAUCACCCAUCUCUCCUCAACCUUUUUAUGCUCCUUCUAGUUCUAGGAGACAAAGGGAGAUGGGAGCUUAUUGCAGCAUGAGGGGAGAUCGCCCACAACCAACUCAUCUCUGCCUCUUAGCCUCUCUCCUACUCUCCAGCUUCAGCUUCUCCCUCUGAUUCUGGACUUCUCUCUACCACAGACUCUCCCAGCUCAGUAAGCCCUGUUAUCUCCUCAGCUUCUGAUACCUCCUCUUCUCAGUCUUCUCCCACUUCUUCCUGUGACCUCUCAUUGGUGUCCCAUCACCACUCCUCUUGGUGGUCCCCCAGAUGGUUCCUCCCACGGUUCCUCUGCGUCCAACUAGUCCAUGACAACUACCAAUGGUCAAGUCACAAUUUGGUAUUAAAUCCUACUUGAGUCACUAAAAGUGGGAAGAAUGUGAAAUAAUCCACCAAGAAUGGAAAUAAAACUGUUUACCAACUCCAAUCUAGCAACCCAUGAGAUUUUAUUUUCUAUUUUCACAGGUGAGCCCAUACUACACAUAGAAGAUAAGUAGUCUGUAAACAAGACGAGGCCAAGAGAGUGAUCAAUCAGGAAACAUGUAGGCUGGGUUUACAGUUUAGCCUGUCAAAGAUAAGGAACAGUUGAUUAUAAAAGCAAGUGAGAGAAUAAUUGACUCCCCCAUUAUCUCAAAUGGCAGCAAAUAUGUGGGUCUUGUUGCUUCUUGUAGCUGUUGCCUCUGCUUCUCCAGAAGCUUCAGUUCACAAAUUUCAUGGGUAAGGAUAUUUAAUAUACUUGACUUUCACAUUCUUAAAUUACAAAUGACCUUUUCUGGUACAAAUGAUUUACUUCUGCCUUUUUCCUUAGGGAUAAGGUUUUUCGUGUAACACCUCACAAUGAAGAACAGGUUGAAGUCCUCCAUUACCUGGCCAACAAUAUGCAGGUAAAUUCAGGUGUGGGAGGAUGAAAUUAAAUAUACUUCUCAAUUUCAUUAAAAUGUUUGGAGAGAGGGAGAAUUGUGGAGCACAGAGAGCACAAGUUGCAAGGAAGCCGGUUUUCUUUUCCAGAAAGCUUGAGCAAUGAAGCAAAACAUUGCAACCCCAUACUCACUUAAUUAGGGGUACUUACGACUUAUUAAACACAAUGGGACUUGCAGCUGAAUAAAUACACGUAGGACUGAGCUGUUGGAGUCAUCCUGGGGUGUCCCUGGCAGAAUCUUAAGAUGACAAUGUAGCUUAAAAUACAAGAUUCUGACAUUACAUAAUGUUAGACUAGGUUUUGUAAGGCCCCUUCUAACAUUAUUACUCCCUCUAGUAGCAAGCUCAGAUGUUGAGUGCCAAUAGGAAUACAGCAAAAACAGGGCCACUGAGAACAAGAGGAGAGGUAUCGGUAUGCUCCAAGGAACCCCAAGGUUUGCAGAUGUACAGCAAAUAAGCUUGGUUAUAAAAAUCAACCUGUGUGUAUUCUGAUUAGACUUUCCAAUGCAAAAAACUAUUGAAACAAUGGUACUAAGAGGCUCCGCUAUAAGAGGCUGCUUUCUAAUAGUUUAGACUCCUAUUCAACAUAAUACCCUUUUUUAUUUCCUGCUUGUUGUCGUCUCUUCCUUGAAUGUUCUCUAAACCUCUCGUCCGUUCCAAGUUUGUGUUUUGUGACCUUGAUGUAGAUAUAUUGUGGCAUGAGAAAAAACAACCAAAGAUAGCAGAUCUGUUUUCAAUAUUUGUGUAGAGCUUUGAUGUUGAGAAAUAGCUGCAGAAGAGAGGAGGGAAACACUGUAAUCUGCACCGUGAGAUGUGGCAUUUACAAUGAUAUACAGAUGUAGAGGGACUUUUCAUUGACCAUGGGCCAUUGUCAGGCUCGCUCUCUCGCCUAGUUCUGCUCUUCAUUAUGUCUUAAAUGCUAUGGGAGUUUUGAUAUGCACUUAUUUUAAACCGGGGGUUCAGCCAGGUGUUACGUUGAAUUCUAAGCAUGUUUUACAAAGAAGCUAUCAGUUUUUGCUAAGCAGAAUGGCUUGGCUUUGCAUUUUGAACCCGGGAUCUGGAAAGGAUCAAAACACCCUUUAUUCCUACUUCUACUGCAAGGCAAGACCACCAGCUGCUCCACCCUGCUCCACAUGCAGACACAGCAGCUCAGUGGAGAUCAUGCAUUUUGCAUACCCAAGGUCCCAGCAGAUGCAGUUCUCCAGUUAAAGGAUCAGGUAGCAGGUGUGAGAAAGUGACCUUUGCUUGUGAGCUUGGAAUGCUGUCUACUUAAAUGGAGCCACAGACUGAUUUAGUCUAAGAGAAUUUCAUAUGUGCACAAUCCAAAAUUCAAAUUUACACAUGCAGAAGUACAUAUAUACCUCUGCAUGUGUCCAGAAUGGCAAACAGUGGAGGGCAAAGGACUUUAUGAUUGAGAGAAGGGACAAAAAAUACAACCUAGAGACAUCCCAUAAUCCUCUGACCACUAGUGUGGGCAGCAAGCAAUGGAAUAGCAAUGAACAUUCCCGACUGAAAGAAAAGGAAAUGUGUGGAAAUUAACGUGUUACACAGUGAGAGAAAACUUGUAUAUUUAUGACCUGCUUGCAAUAUAUAGAACCAACCACAGUGUACAAUAAUAAAAUAAAAGAGUUGGAAGGGUCCAAGUCUGUACAGCUUGGAAGGUGGGAGGAUCUCAAGUUUGAAGGUUCCCACACAUCAGAAACUCCCUGUAGAUAGAACGUUUUACUACAGUAUUAUUCUCUCCCACCUCCCAUUUAUUAAAUUGCACAAGUGUAUCCAUUUAUAUAGACAUAUUGAUUCCAUCACAAUGUUUUUUAGCUGAAUGUAAACCUGGCAAUCUGCCCCAAUUCCCUCAGUCACUAUCUCUCAGGCUUCAUAGCAAAAAAAGCAAUAAACUGAGUAAAAUUUCUGAUGCCUCCCUUUCAAGUUUUGAGAUAUCAGGAAUGGAAGAAGAUGUCAACAGUCUAGGAAUUACAGUAUGUUCUCCAAUAUGUAACAUGUUCUCAAACAUGGAUCAUGAAAUUGUCUGAAUGCACACAACAAUAGCAUACACACAGAUGUAUUGAGUAGCUGUGUGUUUGGCCUGUAGCUAAAGUAGGAUUAUAUAACUAUCUCCUCAGCGGUAAUGUUGCAAUCUUAACCCUGCUUACCUGGGAGUAAGUCCCAUUGAAUUCAGCAUAACUUACUUCUCAGUAGACAUGGUUAGGAUUUUGCUGCAAAUCCCUGAGUACAAUGGGGAAAUGGUAUAAAAAAAGGUAAAGGACCCCUGGACAGUUAAGUCCAGUCAAAGGUGACUAUGGGGUUGCAGCGCUCAUCUCGCUUUCAGGCUGAGGGAGCCAGCAUUUGUCCACUGGCAGCUUUCCAGGUCAUGCGGCCAGCAUGACUAAACCACUUCUGGUGCAACACAACACCGUGACGGAAGCCAGAGUGCACGGAAACGCCAUUUACCUUCCUGACACAGUGGUACCUAUUUGUCUACUUGCACUGGCAUGCUUUCGAACUGCUAGGUUGGCAGAAGCUGGGAGAAUCCCACACCACACUUACUUGGGUAUAAGUGCCAUUAAACUUUGGAUAGAAUUCAGCUCUUGGGCUGUCUACACACUAUACUUUGAAUCACAUUCCCUUAAUUAAUUUUGGGUACUGUAGUUUGUGAAGGGUUGCUGGGAAUUUUAAGUCGGUGGAGGGUAAAUUACAGUGCCAAAAAUACUUUGAGAUAAAGAAUGUGCUUUGAAUGUGCUUGAAAGGUCCAAUGUGUACACAGCCCUUAGUCAUUACUUAUGUCAAAGGUUCUCAAACUGUAAUCUGCAGGCCACUGGUGGUCCAUGGAAAAGUUGCAUAACAAUUAAGAAUAUCUGUACAUGGUACUGGGUUUAUUUUUUUCUGAUGAUGGGAAAUUGGCUUGACAUAAACUUGCUCACAAAAUCAGACAGAACAAUCAUGUUAGAAAGACUACCAUUAUUAAAAAUGUAAGCUGUGCAUGUGCUUUUAUUUGUAGAACAGUAUAUAUAUAUUACUAGAUGGCGCAUCAAGGCAGUCAGCAAUUUUCAGGUGAUCCAUUGGGGUGGGGGGGGGAGCACCAUUAGUCUAUGCUAUAAUGGAAUAUCUCACAAUGAAAUAGACCUCUGAAAUAGAAUCUGAAUUCCUCAACUUUGCUUUCCAAAACCUCUUCUAUUAAUCCUCAAUAUAGAAAAUGUGCCUUGCGCUAUCCUUGUGACUGAGGCUUUCGCUGAAAGUGCAUCAUAAAUAGCACCCAUUUAAGGAAUGGUAUGAUACAAGUGUGUGUGAAGUAAAAAAGAAAAGCUUAAGUAAAUAAAUCAAGGCCACAACAAAAACAGGGAAGGAGGCAAAGUUAUUUUUAAUUGCUAAGCGAAGGCAGUUAUAUAUGAGCUAAGGACAGAAUUCAUAUUUAUCGCAGUAUAUUUAGAUGAUAGCCUUCCUUGUUUAUAGGGUUAUAAUCCCUACGGUAAUAAUAUUUUGUUCACUGCUUAGAUACCAAAGCAAUAGGCACCUUUUAGAUAUGCUUCAUCCCGGAAAAGUCACUACAGAUCCAUUCAACCCAUCCAGAUGAAACGAGGCCACAAAUUCCUAACUUUGAAAGACAAGCAAAUGUCAGCCUUGAGGUCAUAAAUUCACAAGUCAUUUCUUUCUCAUGGGCGACAGUGCUAACUAACGUGCCUCUAAACUUUAUUCCUGAUUGUGAGGCAUAUCUGAAGUCUGGCCAAAUCACACCUGUUCUCCAGCUGCUGAGAGAUUUAAGCUACCAGUCGACAAGGGAGUUGAGGCUUUGCAAAGCUAUUGCGAUAAGGUUUUGGAACAAAUGCAGAGAUCGGCAUUGCAAUGGGAGUCUCACUAGAUAAUAGGGGCUUGAAUAGGCAUAACAUGAGGAUACCUAAAUAGCCAUCUUCUUCUAUAUGGACCUGCCCAUUUAUUAAGAUCUUAUGGCAGGUCUCCCUUCUGUGCCCUGCCAACAUCUGAAUUGUUUUUGGCUACAAGAGGCUCUUCUCUGUAGUGGUACCCAAUCUUUGAAAAUUGCUUCCACGGGGGGACCUACCUUAGAAACGUGGGGAGCUGCCUUUUAUUGGGUCAGACCAUUGGUUCAUCUAGCUGAAUAGUAUCUACCCUAACUGGCAAAAACUCUCCAGAGUUUCAGGCAGGCAAUUGAAACUGGGACCUUUGCCUUGUAAAGUAGAUACUCUUGCACUGAGCUACUGCCUUUUGCACCCUCUCUGUUGGUCUUCCAUCAAUGAGCUGAGACCGUUCACUCUUUCUGCAGUCGUUGGGCCUGCUGAGGUUCCAAAUCUUCCUGGCAUUUUACCUGUGAAUGAUCUGGUGUCUCUUUUAGCUCUGAUUUGUUUUACAUCCAUGCGUGUUUUAUUACAUUCAGUGGCUGGUGUUUGGAGACAGACCUACCUUCUUGACAGCAGCAUUGCUACUGGAAAAGACUAGAGCAUGUUUUCAAGGUCAGGGCUGCAUAGAUGCAGCACUGGGUCCAAUCCAAUGCUUGCACUGGUGUGCCCAUGCAGCCCGACCUUGCUGCCACCUUGCUCCACCCCAGCCUUAUCCUGCAGAGAUACUGGUGUCAGGAAAGUAGCUUUGCCCCACCACAAUAACCACCAUUGAUAAUAUUGCUAUCUAGUGAGUGCAGGAACUCACUUUGGCAGCCCAAAAGAGAAUAUGCAACCACACCCCCAAGGACCAUAAAAAAAUGCAUGCAACCGUGUUGUUGAUCCAUUAUUAUACAUACACGUUGAAGUACAGUGCAUAUAGUAUAUAACUAGUUUAUUAGGGCCAGCAUAAUUGUGAUACUAUGCAUAGUUUCCUAGGAGUAAGCUCCAUGGGACUCAGUUGUGCCUACUUAAGUUUAAUUUGUAAAACACACUAAGCCACCUUUUAAUUAGAAAUUCACUCAGUCAUGCAUAGAAUGAUUACUAUUUAAACUGCUAGGAACCCCCAUUUUCCUCAUUCACUGACUUUCUCUAUGCUAAUUUGUCAAAAUCAAACUUGAAAAGCUCCGUAUCACCUCAUGUACUUGCCUAAGCAAGGAAGAACCAACCACACAACCUCAUCUCUUGCCGGGUUAGGACAAUUUAAUUUAGGACUAUGGACUAGUUUGCUGCCUUAGGAGCAAUUGAUUUUAAUAAGGCAUCAACUGUAAACUAUCACUAAGCCACAUGUAAGAGACUUUGUGUUUACAUUGACCUGGGGGAUAGCUCAGUCGGUAGAGCAUGAGACUCUUAGUUCUCAAGGUUGUUGUGGGUUCAAGCUGUUAGGAUAUUUCCGUUCCACCUUAAAAGGGAGCAGGAUGUUUGUGUCACAGCCUGCGUAUUUCCUGUUCACAGGAUGUUUCUGUUGUGUCUAUGCUUUCGUUUCUUUCUCUGUGCCUGAGACACCGAAGCAGGCAGUCAUGUUUUCUUUGUUCUGACCAACGCUGAAUAAACUUGUAAAUAAUGCUUUCCUGCGUGCAUCUUUUGCUGUGUGAAUUCUGCUGAUAGAGCGCGCAUCAGCUCUGGAAUGUGGUGUAAAGAGUAUGGGUUGCUCGUGCGUAAGUUGCUGCCUCUCCUGGCUUUGUUGCCUUGUUAAACCUUUCAGUCUGGACAGCCCUUCACUUCGUGGCUGCCUCAGUCGCUAGCAGAAUCCGUCAGUGGGCGUUUCUUAAACCUUUUCCAACAUAAAAGUUGUUUGACACCCAGUCUCCUCCUACUCUCUCUGCGCGGAAGUCUUCUGCGCAGGGAGGGCGUGGGUAGCGGAGGACCCGUGCUCUCCCGCUGGUGUCCGGUGAAGAGUCUGGGAGCCCUCUCGCCGAUUCCCCCAUCUGCCCCUCCUUAUUCCUGGUGUUGCGCUGAAUUGCUUCCCCAUCUGCUGAGCUGCCUCUCUCCCUGCUGGGCCCUUCUCCAGCAUCAUUUGAGAGCCUCUAUCUCCGAUGUCAGUUCCCUGACAUGUGGCAAGCUAUUUCUGGAGCUCGUGUCGCUAAUUGCUGAUACUGUAUCUACGGGAGAUCGAUGGAUCGCAACUGAGACGACGUGGAGUCAUGAUGGACUUUGUCUCCCUGGCAGUAUCCCAACACAAGCCCCAUGUUGGGCAAAAGAUUCCUGCAUUGCAGCAGGUUGGACUAUAGAUGAUCCUUGUGGUCCCUUCCAACUCUACAAUUCUAUGAUUCUGUGCAUUUGGUUGUCUGCUUUGAUUCAUAACAACACUGCUAUUAUUGCACGAGGUGACGACAUAACGUUAUGCAGCCAAAUCCAAAUACGCCGACAGAUCUAGGAUGAAACUAUGUGUAUCUUUUGUUUUCAUACACCAUUUGUUUGGUUCUGUUCAGGUUGAUUUCUGGCGCCCAGACUCUGUUGACCAAGUGAAAACAGAAACAACAGUUGACUUCCGAGUUGAAGCAGACAAAUGUUCUGAAGUCGAGAGCCUCCUUCAGCUGAGUGCCCUGGACUACAAGUAUGCUUUUGCUUUUAGCAUUUGCUCCAUUAAUAUCAGUGGAUUAAAAAAUGGACAUCUCUACAUUUAGUGUGACAUGUUUAUUCCCCCCCAUGAGUCUACUCUGAGUAUGUCUAACCAUGUGUCUUAAAGGAAGCCAUGGUAAGAUGGUCUUUAGACUGGAAAUAGAUGAGGUACAGGUUGUUUUGCAUAACAAUAACUAUGUGAAGAAGUGCAUUCUUUUGUCCAGUAGCCCUGAAUCUUCCAACAUUCAGGUUCAUUGGGUGUCUGAUAAAACACCAGAGCAUUCCAUGCACUAAAGAGGUGUUGUGCACCUGUCUUGUGACUAUGAAGCUGGGACCCUCCACUGGUAGAAAGAGGAGGCCAGAAUUUCUGUAGGGUUGAGCUUUUUCAUACUAGCAGGUGAGGACAAAGUAUCUGUCAGACAAAACAGAAGACUCUGAAAAGGAUUUAGUUCCAAGAGGCAAUCCAAGCAGGUAAGGUGUUUGUGGAGAGCAGUCGGUAGCAAGAUAGGUGGAUAAAAAAACAACAAAACCAAAAAGGGAAAGUUUAAACAUGCAAGACGAAGAGCAUUGAACAGAAUCAACAAAGUUGUACUUUGUGCAACAAAGAGCCAAUUCAUGUUAUAUGUAUGUAUGUAUGUAUGUAUGUAUGUAUGUAUGUUUACACCAUCUGUAUACCAUCCAAGGUGCAAGGUCCUUUAGCCACUUAGCAAUAAGAGUGAUGCUAAAUUUGAUUUAGCACGUGUAGGUGCAUGAAUCCUUUUUAAAGCUGCAACGGAGAGCAACGUUGGAGUGGGGACUGGGCUGGCAAUCAAGAUUGGCAAUCGGGGGAACGCUAAACCUUCUCUUCUGUGUUUAAGCACUGGCCAGAUAUGUUGCCAUUUUCUGAUUCCAGUUAGUAACCUGGCAGUAACUUUCUGUACUCCUUAGGGAAGCAGGAGUGCCUAGAUAGCGAAAGAAGAGUUACUCUACUGAAACACUUCCUCCGCUAAUAAUGAAUGUGCCCAGUUUCCUGCACCAAAGAGAUUGUCCCUGACAGACUUCAGUGAAGUGUCCUUGCUACAGCUAGAGGAGACGUGAGCCUUUGAUGUGGAGCCGCAGUGCCCUGACAUCAUGUCAAUGUGUUCAUUAUGAAGGCUGGGAGUGCACUGCAAACUGCCCUCUCUCACUCUUCUCAUCCAGAUCGCAGUGAUCAAGGGCACUGAGCUUGCACAUUUCUUUAGCCUAUACCAUUUUAUUCAGGCUAGGGAGAGAGCAGGGGUCUUUGCUGCCAGUCAACACGCAUACAGACAGUUCUGCAGAAGUGCUGGAAGAUCAGUGGAUCAAAGGCUGGAGACCAUGUCUUUAACAGAUCCUAAAAUAGUUUGAAAGAGAUUAUUUCUUCUACCUGUUGCAACCUCUGGUCAAAUAACCUUUUUCUGAUUUUUUGGAACAAAACAAAUAAAAACUCUUUUUUUUCUGGAGGCAAGCCUGGCUUGAAGAUAAACAAGGCAGCAGCAGUGAUCUCUCUUCCAAACUUCCUCCAACUCUCAUUUCUCCCCAACCUGGGAAGCUGCAUUGCAUGAAGAUAGUGUUUGCAGGAAGAAGGGGAAGAAGUGGUAGUAAACAUAGGGACAGUAAUCACAGGGUUGUUAAGCAGAAAUGGAGACACAGCAGCAGUAGAAAAUGAAAUGUCCCCCAUUUGACUUGGUCCAUAUUGUUGCUUUGUUGCAGAGUUUUGAUUGACAACCUUCAGGCUGUACUUGAUGGGCAGUUUGACAGUCAUAUCCGGGCUACUGGACAUCAGUAUGAAAAAUAUAACAAUUGGGAAACGGUAAAAAAAUGUUCACGUUUGAAUAUCCUCCUCUGCUUCCCAAUGGUAGUUUUGCUAUGAACAUAAGAACAUAAAAGAGAGCAGUGCUGGAUCACACCCAAGGCCAAAAUUGGUUCAACAUCUGGUUUCCCACAAUGGCCAAGGAGAGACCUAUGGGAAGCUCAAAUGUAGAACAUGAGGGCAAUUGCUCUCUCCUACAACUCAGGGAUAGUGUGCAUACUUUGUGUGUAUUCAGUUCCGGGGUCAAUUCCUGGUAUCUCCAGUUGAAAUUAGUGCUUAGCAAACUGACCCCAUCAUAAUAUGUAGUUUGUCUUCUGAGUUACAAAUCCAAGGAUUAUAAACACAGGCAGGGGUGUUCCGUUAUUUCCCUUCGUAUUUUUCAGCAUGUGCAUCACCAAAGUGAAUCUUGGAAACAUGGCAUGCACAAUACGUUGCAUCACAACACCACGCUUCACAGUGCAUCCUCCUCUGAGUGGCCAUGUUUACACAUGCUUUGUUUGCAACAGUAUGGAGUGGAAGCCACAGGCAAAGGCAAUGGCUGUGGAAGUUGGUGACAAAAAAAAGCCUGUUCAUUGCACAACUUGGCAUGUUGGUAACAAUCCUAAGGGAGAAACUAAAGGGUUUGAGUAAAAUCAUCAUGCAUGAGGGUGCAUUGCAAACAGUAUAUUUUAAUUUCCUUUGGAAAUUAAAGCACUACAGGAGGAAAAAAAUGACUGAGCGUCGUUUGAGGAAAGACGGCAGGGUUUGACUGAUCAGCCAUGCCAGAUGUAGGAAAUAUGCCAAUCAUGCAGGUGAAAUAAAUAUAAAUUGAUAUAUAGUCCAUCAUGGUUUGAAUUAUUAAAAUGUCAAAGUUUGAGAAUUACAAACCUACGAGAUUCAACCUCUGUGCCAGCUAAUUUCAAGUUUUGGUGCUAUUGCUAGUUUAAAUGCCGCUUAGCAGCAGAGUUGGAAAAGGUGGCCCUGCGGAAAGCACUAUCAAAUCAACAUUUAUAUUACCGGCCUACAGAUAGUAGUCUGACUCAAUAUUUAGUAGGUGGUUCCUUUUGCUAUUAAAUAUGCUUAUUUACUUUUUUUUUUUAACUCAACAGAUAGAGGCUUGGAUCAAAAAUAUUGCAAAGGAGAACCCAGAUCUUGUCUCCCUGUCACAGAUAGGAACAACCUAUGAGGGACGCUCAAUGCACCUCCUGAAGGUAUUUGCUUUUCAUUUCUUCAUCCAGUCUGCUUGCUCUUCUCUUGACACAUAAGAAACAACAAUAUUUAUUAAGCCCUCGCAUGCUCCAGAUUUGUAUUUUUCAAUCAAUGCUUCAGGAAACCAAAGCAGAUUUUGGUGAAGUUCUUUUAUGGUGACAUUUUUAUCCUUUUUGAUUGAUAGUAAAGGCUUCCUAAACAGCCCAGACCGUAAUAAAAGUCUUUUGACAGUUUGCACAUAUAAAUUUAACCGUGUUCCUGUAAGCAAGGUAAAUGGUAAUCUACCUUUGUAUAAUUGUGUGCUCCAUCUGUUGUUUGUAAACCUAUUUGCUAUAAAGUCAUCUAUAAACUUCAGCCCCUUUUUUCUCUCUCUUUGUUCUUUUUUUUUUUCUGGCAACAGGAGGCAAACAGCUAAUCAGCAUUUCCUUUCUUGAGUCGUUUCCAUCAUACAGCUCAAGCAAACAAAAGAAAUCAGUUUCAAUAUGUUCUUAUUUUGAGUAUCAGGUCGAUGUUUCGGAAUAUCACACCAUUACAGUCCAAGUUUUUUGAUGCUUGAGUAAAUGCAAGGUCCUCCUUCCCUCAGCCCCGCCCCCCACAUGAUGAUCAUAGAGCCAUAGAAUUUGUAGAGCUAGAAGGGUCCACGAUGGUCCAACCAGCAAUGUGAAUCCAUGACCCUGAGAUUAAGUGUCUCCUGCUCUACCAACUCAGCUAUCCCAGCUGACAGCAGACAAUGUGGGAGCAGCCCAGGCUGGACAGUUUUUAUGAAUGGUGACUAUCUUAAGGAGAAAGAUGGCUUCCUUUUCUCAGAACACUUCCCCCAUAUCCAUAACCUACUAUAUAGGUGUGAAUACAGAAGAAAUCUCAGCAUAUGGAGCCUGUCUCAUUUCUGUAAGGCAGACAUCCCUCUUUUACACAACAACUAGAAGGAUAAGGGUGUUCCACCCACUUUUAGUUACCCUAUGCAUUACUAUUUAUAUAAAAGGUGCAGAUAGAUGUAUAAGCCAUGUCACACAGCUAACUGAACUCUAAAAAUAUACAGUUAUCAGCUGGGAUAAAAUAUGGAUCCAGCACACCAGAGGUGAGAAAAUCCAACCAGAGUUAAGUUUCACUUCCAGCAAUGCAACUCCCUGCUCAUCUCAAGUGAGGCCUGAGGCUGCCGUCUGAAUAGAGAACAUGACCUAUUAGUAUUCAAUAUAAAUUACUAAUUCUGCCUUGUUUUGUUUUUAUGUUUACAGUUGGGGAAGCCCGGUGUGAAUAAAAAAGCCAUCUUUAUGGAUUGUGGCUUCCAUGCUAGAGAAUGGAUCUCACCUGCAUUCUGCCAGUGGUUUGUGAGAGAGGUUAGUGGGCAAAAUACUUGUUCACUAAAAUCAGUAACCAAGUCCACUGACACACUUAGAAGCAGGAAUGAUUUGUCACAAAAAUAACUUAUUGGCAGGUCCUUUUUCUAAGUUUCCUAAUGAUUUCUUUCAGGUCUUCAGGUCCCCCUUUUUCCUCUAAAGCUCCAUAAAUAUUAUCAUUUGAUUAUUACUCAUUUUUUAAAUGUAUCCUUCCGUUACUGAUAUUUGUUUGUUUGUUUGAAUAUCAACUCAUAGGGAAAAUAUCCAAUAACAUCCUAAGAUUAUAAAAUCAUAAAAUACAAAACAAAUGACCAAUGCUGAAUCAAAUUUCUUCACCUUAAAAUGCUUGGUGAUAACAAAACCAUGUUAAUACAGGAUGUAAGCACACAGAGCUAAAUCCUCAGAAUCUGCAACAUGAAAAUGGUGUUGCCCCAUUUUCAAAAGGAUAUUAUGCGGCUUUAUGUGCCUGUCUGAGUAUCUAGAGGAAGGUAAUUAUGAUACAAUUAUUACACAAAAGAGAGGUAUGCCCUCUAAAGAAAAAAGUACUAGAACAAAUGGAAUAAUGUAUGAAGACCUCUUAAAAGCAUAUCAUUAGAAUAUAAUGAUCAGCCUGUUACAUAUGAAGCUUAUCUAAUAAUGAAUACACAAUUCUAAAGUAAGGUGUUAUUUUUAAUUGCAACUUCUCCAAGGUCUCGUCAAUUAAUCUCAUUAAAGUUGUUAAGAAGCCUAGGUUACUGUUCUGUUCUGGAUCCUAGUAUUUGAAUCAAUACUCCUUUAGGUGCCUUUUUGCACACCACAGGGUUCCACCAAGCAUGCUUCUGUUUCUUUAGCACUCGGUACCAGAGUUUGCUAUUAGAAAGAGCGAGAUCAGCAGGGGAGACAAUCUCACAUGGUCCCAAGAGGGCCUGGCAGGAUGCUAGAGAGCUCUGUGUCAUAUUAACCCUCUUUUCUCCAGUCUGAAGUUAUUAUAGUCCCUAGCGCCCUUGCUGAAAACACACAAUAUCAACCCUUCCCCACCUUAGUGAUCCUGAGCCAAUUCAAAGUAUCCCUACAAUUAUUUUCUAUUAUGCGUAUGCUUCUGAAAUAGCACAGCUGGCCAGUAACCACUGGCGAAAGAGAGAGCUUUCAGUGUAUUAUGAAGAAGCCUGUGAUUUUUUGCAUCUGUGAGGCUCGACUGUGUUUGUUUUUGACGGAACAAUCCUAAAAUACAACUUCCAGCUGUUUCAAUUCCCACAGAUUUAGCAAAGGUUCCUACAUGUGCACAAAAUGUAAAAACAGAAGUCAUUGCAGAAGCAAGUGCUUUACGAUCCAUAUCAAGUAAGCUGAAAUAGUUGACCUGAGAGUGUUGGCAAGGCACCCAGUGGUGACAGGCCUUCCCCUCAUGUCCGCUCAGAUAUAUGUGCAGAGCCAGGCCUGGAAAUUGAAAGUGACACUCCAGACAUGUCUUUGGGAAUGCUCUCCCCUUAUCUCUCCCAGUUAAUGCAGCAGAGGAUGAAAUGUCACCUCAUUUAGCAGUUCGGGUUACUACAACUAUCAGUCUUACCCUUCAGAGCAGCAAGCUCAUAAUUUAGCUUCAUCAAGAUGGUGUACUCUCCAACAUUUCUCCAAUGAAAAUAGGGACGUCUUAUUUAAUAAUAAUAAUAAUAAUAAUAAUAAUAAUAUGCAUUUAUUAUUUAUACCCUGCCCAUCUGACUGGAUUAAACAUUAAACAUUUUAAAAAACUUCCCUAUACAGGGCUGGGCUGCCUUCAGAUGUCUUCUAAAGGUUGUAGACUUAGUGUCUUCUUGGCUCGGGGGUCACACAACUCCAUCCCCUCCAACACUUAUCUGAUGAAAACAGGGGCACCCUAAGGAAAAGUGGGACAUUCCAGAAUCGAAUCAGAAACCGGGACAGCUUACGGAAAUCCAGGGCUGUCCCUGGAAAAUAGGAGCACUUGGAGGGUCUGAGAUGGCACCUGUUGAAGACCUAUCUAUUCACACACACACACACUAUCUAUUAAGGAACUUAUGGCUUCUCAUCUGGGCCUUCUAGUUUUAAACUGUGCUUUAACCGUGCUUCAGCUUCUUAAAUGAGUUACUAGGGGUGAGGAACAUUCCCUCAUGGACAGCAUAACAGUGGUGGACAGGGCCAGGUACAAAUGUAGGCAUAGAAAUGGCUGUGAAUCCUACCUCUGUAUUGCAAGUUACAUUCCAGCCAUACAAAAGUCUAUUCACAAGAAUGCACACACCACACAUCUUUCCUCCUUUCCAGCAAGCAAGAGGCAUUGUCACAGUUCAAGGACAUGUUCCAGACAGGCAAUGAAAAAUGUAAUUUUUGUGAGGGUUGUGUGGCCUUUAUAGAAUUCAAAGGGCCAAACAGAGGCUUAGCGGGCCACAUUUUGUUCCUGGGCCUGAGAUUACCUACCCCUGUUAUACUGUAAUGUAGCUGAGUCCCGAGUCAUUUGGGUUUGCCCUAAUUUAGUAUCUCUUUGGUCUAUACUUAGGCUGUUCGCACCUAUGGGAAGGAAACUAUCAUGACUCAGAUUCUGGACAACUUGGAUUUCUAUGUGUUGCCUGUCUUGAAUAUUGAUGGCUACGUCUACACUUGGACUAAGGUGAAUAACACACCUGUUUUCUGAAUAUGAAGCUCAACGCUUGUUUAUGAAUAUGUAGUCCUGCAAAACUGACAUUCACAAAUAUACUGCAUUUCAGUCUCGCAUGUGGCGGAAGACGCGUUCUCUAAAUCCCGGCAGUAGUUGCAUUGGUACUGAUCCUAACAGAAACUUUAACGCCAAAUGGUGCAGUAAGUACAUCCUGAGAAGAAAUAUAUUGCCCAAUUCUAACUGACUCAUUCUCCAAGUGCAGGAGUACCAGUUCUAGUUAGGUCCACAGUUCUUGGCACAACCUCUCAAGUUCUAGAGCUUCCAUAAUGUGUGAGGUUUCAGAGGGUGAGGAUAUUACCUAGAGGGCCACAUUCUCUUGUUGAGAGAAGCUGAAUUCCUGAGCAUUUAUUUUCAGUGUGAGAUUAAGGCUGCAAUCCUAUGUCCAUUUACCAAGGAACACAAUGGGACUUGUUUCAAGGAGCACAAUGGGACUUAACAGAUUUAUAGAAACUGCUCGGUGUUUUUAGUCAAUUUUGCUGAGUUCCCUCAGACCUUUAAAAGUCUUGGUUCAUGUCAAGCAUUUUUCAUUUUGAGAUGCGUCAAAAUAACAUUCAGUAGAUUCACAGACUCAUACCCUGACAUAGAUUAAUGUUAAAUAUAGCAUUUCAAAAACAGCACGAGAAACUGACUUAUUUAAUCAGUCUUCAUAGCCCAGUAUGAUCUACCCCGGGGGACUCUGGGAGAGGUCUUUCCUGGCGAUUGCAACUCCAGGCUUUCCCAGUGCAGAUGAUAGGGAUGGAAACUGAGACCUUGUGUGUGCAAAGGCAUGUGCUUAACCCCUAAGCUACAGGCUCUGAGCUGUAAUAUAUAGGUAACAUUAUAAGGCACUGUGGUUGCCAGGGAAUAAUGGUCUUUCCUGUUUUCGUAUACAUAGCAGUUGUGGGGAAAGAGAGAGAAACAGAGGACAGGAUUCAACUAAAUAGUUCCACUAGCAGCAGCCAGCACACAGGUUCCCACUAUCACAACAGAGCUUUCUCAUUCUCUCCCUCAUGCCCCCAGUCAUCAGUGGGAGGUCAGGAGAACCGCAGAACAGGGCAUGAUGGGAAGGUCAACCUGCUGGAACAUUUGUUUUGGCGUGACACUGAAUCCCUCCCAUAGUCCACAGGACAUAGUAAGGUUUUUGGAGCGCCUAUUCUGAAUCUUCCCUGGAGUGGACAACUAUCUAGGACAACACUGUAGAACAGGAGUGGCCCUUCAGAUGCUGUUGAACCACAACUCCCAUCAGCCCCGGCAGGCAUGGCCAGUGAUCAGGCAUGAUGACAGUUGCCGUUUAGCAACAUUUGGAAGGCCACACCUGAUCUAGAACCUUAUCAUGGUUUGCCUCAUUUCAUGCAUCCAUGUUUUCUCCUGCUGCACACAGCUCUUGGGGCUUCAAAGAGGCCAUGUGAUGAGACAUAUUGCGGCAGUGCCCCCGAAUCAGAGAAAGAGACCAAAGCCUUGGCUGAUUUCAUUCGCCAGAACCUCUCGACCAUCAGGGCUUACUUGACCGUUCAUUCCUAUUCCCAACUGCUGCUGUAUCCAUAUUCUUAUUCAUAUGAGGUAGCAAAGAACAACGUGGAGUUGGUAAGUAGAAACAAAAUGGCUGAUAACUACUCUAAAGUUAAAAUGGUUGUGAUGAACAUAUCCCCUUGGUUACCAUUUAGGCUAUGGGUUUUUUUACGAUGCAUGGAUUUCCCUCUUAUUGAUUGCUUUAGUACUUUUAUAUCCUGUCUUUCCUCCAGUAAGGAAAGCAGCACAGGUGGUUUCUCUUUGAUCCUAUUUUGUCUGCGCAACAACCCUGUAAAUGCAGCCUAGGCUAAAACGCAGCAGGAGCAGCCACUAGGAAGAAGCAAUGGGGCACAGCUGGCCUCCCAGCAGCGGUGUUGCAUCCACUUACUGGGGCAGGGCAGCAGUGAAGUCAGCUGGUACAUGCGUUGGGUUGGCUCCACCAGUGUACUUACACUGCCCUGACCCCACCACCACCACCACAGAAAAGGCUUGUUCUCGUGCUGCCCUCCUCUGGACCUCUCCUGGAGGAGCCACAUGAAAAUGGGCCUCAGAUAAUGAUCACAAGGUCUGGGUCGGUUCAUAUGGAGAGAGGCAGCCCUGAGCUUUUAAGGUUUGGUGAGUUAGCUCCAACUGAGGGCUCAUCCACACUUCCACUUGUCCUGUUCCUUUCCCCUGGGAAAACCAGAUCUUUACUGCUGAAUUGCAGCAAUGUCAAUCAGGUUUUCCACAGAUUAAUGUUUUCUCCGAUUCGGCACUAAAGAGCGAGUUUUCCCAGGGGAUGUAGCAGGACAAACAGAAAACCACUUGGACCCAUGCCUAGAAGGCACAGGACAAGCAGAAAACUGCACCAACCCAUGCUUUCUAGGCACUGCACAAGCCCUGAGAGCUAUAAAAUGUGUGGAAAGUAUACAGUGAUCCAGGAAAACAACAGCUUCAUCACCAAUUGUUCCAUCCAAGCUUCCAUCAGUCUUUUAAUAUAAAGGGACACCGUGAGAACUGGCAUUCCUUCUCUGUCUUGGCUGAUGCACAGCAAUAGCAAUUGGCAUCAAUUCCCAACUAAGACAUGCUGAAGACCAGUGGGGUUGUAGCCAGCAAAGUUGUCCUGUCUGCACAAGGACUCCCAUUUGCAUAUUGGAGCAUCCUCUCUUCUCCUUCCCCCACCCAACACAUCUCAAAUCUGUUUUGAGGGUGUACCCAACCCUUCAGAGCAGAUCUGGGGGGUAAUGAGCUGCACGUGGGAAGGGGAGAGGGAUGGAAAGUUUUGUUGCACAACUGGAAGCCCUUAUAUUCAUGGGAUGCCUUAACUGGAUGCAACCCAUUCUUUUGCAACAUUCGAAGUCUAGGAACAUGAUGAGUGAUAUCCAGCGCUGGUUACUCUCAUAGUAGACCAGAUGAUAAAUGUACUUUGUUCUUUGUUGAUGGUCCCCUGUAGUUGUUGGUUUUUUCCUUCAAAAGGGCAACAGCAUUUCCAGAAGAAAAUUACUUCAACACUGUGAAAUAGUUAUGAGUUGAUGUCGCUGGCAGAAAACACAGUAGAUGACAAACAAAAGGGAGGUCUUAAAAAAAAAAAAAAACUCUUGCUCAUCAGCCAGAAGGCCAAAGCCAAAGCAAAAAUCUGGCCCUCUGCAGUGGUAGAAUCCUGACAGAUUUACAAUGUCUCCCAAGUGGAAAUAUCAGAAUUUUGAGGCAGAAACAGAGAGAAUGGACAGAUUAAUGGUUUUGCCCUGGACAUCUGGCACUGCAAGCCUCUCUCUUUUUCCAUUAAAAAGGGAUUUUGUUUUUGUGUGCUAUGCCAGAUUAUGUUUUUCUCAAGACACAAAGUUGUUAUUCUGUAGAACCUAAGUCGUUUCCUCCUCGUUCAGUUUGCCUUUGAUUCUGACAAAUAUGUUUCUAACUUCACACGUUGUUUGGUCUAAAGCAAAAGAGAAACUUAGGUACUGUACUUCUAUCUCAAACAAAAGUGGACCUAAAAAGAUUGAUGAGGGCAUUAUCAGGAUACUGCCAAAGAGAAUUACAAGAAAACUAAAGACAUGGUGUCUUCAAGAAACUAUAUGUAGGGCCCAUAGAUGGUAUCAGUUGAUCAAACAAGUUAAAGUCUUAAAUACCUUGGCCUUAUUUUUCAGCCAACAGAAAUAUGUGAAGGAUAAAGUGUCUCAAAGCGCCAAAAUUCUGACACGCUUUUUACAUACAAAAGGUGGCAAUUACAUACUAUUAGCAUUUGAAGUUUUUAAAGCAAAACCCCUAGCACAGUUAUUAUAUGGGGCUCCGAUUUGGACAGUCGCUCACCUUGGAUCUACAGAAGCUGUUCAAUCUAAGUUCCUAAGGCAAUUUUUUUUCUGUUUCAUCCUGUGUUCCAAAUGCUUCAUUGCACUUGGCUGCUAAUCUCCCCUCUGUUGAAUUACAGACUUGGUGUAGGAUAUUUAAUUAUUGGCUUCGGCUAAAUUUAAACCCCACCGGUCUACUACCCUUAGUAUCACAAGAUUGUCAUGAGAGCAUUUGGACUAAAAUUUUCUGGUUUAUCACCACAACAGUUAUUAACACUGGGCUUCAGUAAAGCAAAUAAUUUAAUUAGACAGCGUCUAUAUGAUAUCAAACAACAGAAUGAAUAAUUCGGCCACAAUAAGGAAAUCUUGUCCAUGGUCUGAUUAUUUUCCGCCUAGUUGUUUUGACACAUUGGCACCCUAGUUGCAAAAUUUAACAAUUCCCAAAUACAGGCGUGCUUUCACUCACACAAGAUUAAGUAUACUGCCUUCAGCUGUACUUGAGGGUCAAUUUCAAAAAAAUUCCACUAGAAAAGCAAUUAUGUCUAUGUGGAGAUGGCAGUAUCAAAUCAGUUGUUCAUGUGCUUUUAGCUUGCACUCUUUAUAAAGAUUUGAGGAGUGAGAUUAUUACCCCUCUACUACUAUCCAUACCAGGUCACUCAACCAUUACUACUCAUAGAAUCAUAGAAUCAUAGAGUUGGAAGAGACCACAAGGGCCAUCGAGUCCAACCCCCUGCCAAGCAGGAAACACCAUCAGAGCACUCCUGACAUAUGGUUGUCAAGCCUCUGCUUAAAGACCUCCAAAGAAGGAGACUCCACCACACUCCUUGGCAGCAAAUUCCACUGUCGAACAGCUCUUACUGUCAGGAAGUUCUUCCUAAUGUUUAGGUGGAAUCUUCUUUCUUGUAGUUUGGAUCCAUUGCUCCGUGUCCGCUUCUCUGGAGCAGCAGAAAACAACCUUUCUCCCUCCUCUAUGUGACAUCCUUUUAUAUAUUUGAACAUGGCUAUCAUAUCACCCCUUAACCUCCUCUUCUCCAGGCUAAACAUGCCCAGCUCCCUUAGCCGUUCCUCAUAAGGCAUCAUUUCCAGGCCUUUGACCAUUUUGGUUGCCCUGCUCUGGACACGUUCCAGUUUGGCAGUGUCCUUCUUGAACUGUGGUGCCCAGAACUGGACACAGUACUCCAGGUGAGGUCUGACCAGAGCAGACCUUUCUUCUAGCAGUCCUUUCUUCUAGCAGAUCAAGAUAAUCAGAUGACAGCAAAAACUGCAAAAGAAAAAAUUAGCAGGGGCAAUAAGAAUAAGAUAUAUUAUUUGAUUACUGGUGUAAACCUCCAGAAUGUAUUUUGUAUAGUUAAGUUUUUACCUCUAUCUUCAGUUCAGUUCAUUUUAUUGCUAUGGCUAGUGGCUGAUGCAAAUAAAGAUUCUUCUGAUUCUGAUUCUUAGGCUGGGAUCCAACAAGCUACUUUUGGCAUAGUCAAGGAAUCAAGCAUGACCAAUGGGGGUUUUUCCUUUCCCCACCUUCCCCUCUCCCUGUGCACACACACACUUUGAAGCUCCAGAUUCCCAUGCCAUAUUACAAACUUUAUUUGAAAGCCCCCUGAGUUUCCAAAGCCGGACAUUCAAUAAACACAAGUCCAAUGUCUCCUUGGGUACAUGGAACCAGUUACACAAUUCUUGGAACUGUAUCCCAGCCAAAGGAAGGCCACAGGCCUCAUUUAUUUCAGGUUGAGGAUUCCUUAAUGUUCUUUUGUACAGUUUCCUGGAUCAUGUUCAAAUGUGACCCAAUAUGUUGCUCCUGGGAUAUCUUGGUCUGUGGCUGUUUAUUCUUUAUAGCCGCCACAAGGAGACCUUUUAAAAGCGUGGCUUCUGUCUUUGCAAAAUUGUUAUUUUUUUAAAAAGGAGAAGAAAUGUAAACACGAACGUUCCUUCUGGUCUGUAUCCAAAAUCAGUGAAUAGUUUGACAGUGUGAUUUGCUCAGCACUUAAGGGAAUCUUUUUUUCUCCUAUUCUUCCAAGAGCUUGAAAAAGUAGCUUCAGUGAGAUUUUGCAAGGUGUAAAUAGACUGGCAUUUAAAUGAUUGUUCGGUUAAAAGCCAGAUGGUUAAAUAAUUAAACACCGUAUUUUUUGCUCUAUAAGAUUCACUUUUUCCCUCCUAAAAAGUAAGGGGAAAUGUGUGUGCGUCUUAUGGAGCGAAUGCAGGCUGCACAGUUAUCACAAAAGCCAGAACAGCAAGAGGGAUUGCUGCUUUCACUGCGCAGCGAUCCCUCUUGCUGUUCUGACUUCUGAGAUUCAGAAUAUAUUUUUUCUUGUUUUCCUCCUCCAAAGAUUAGGUGUGUCUUGUGGUCUGGUGCAUCCUAUAGAGCAAAAAUUACAGUAAUUUAAAUCACCUGACUUAAUUAUAUAAAAUAUAAUAGCAAAAUGUAAAUAUAGUACUCCUGAUUUAUUCCAAUGAAUUAAUGGGAACUAGUUCUAGCCAGUAUGGAUUCUGUAGAGUAAAAGUGUGAUUUGUCUUUCAUUUGAUAAACAAAAAGAUGCUGUCUAAUGUAACAUAGUGUAAUAUUGUAUAUAGUAAAUAUGUCUUAUAGGCAAAGUGCUUGCAUGUUUAUUCAGUCACUCUUGUUUAUUCAGACUCAAGAAAGUGUGCACAGGGAAAGCAGCUGUGUAACCAGCUCUAUAACUAGGGAGCCAUGCCAAUUGAACAAAAUAGAAUUUAUUUUCCAAGUAAAUAUGCACAGGAGGAGAGCUCUGAGUUCUGCCUGGAAAAGGAAUUAUUAGGAGGGCCUAAGGAUUUGUGGCUUUUAUGUGAGUGUCUCUGGUGGAACAAAGUGCUUAUAAAUCAUCCCAGAAGUGAAGAAGAAAGAUUUAUCAAAGCGUUAUCUUAUCUUGGAUGCUUAUUUUCAUUUUGACAUCUAAUACGUUAAAGAAAAAUGUGCAUUGCCCAUUUUAUCUUUUUCCACGUGUGAUAAGAUGUGUGGUCAAACAACAAUCUUUGACAUACAUGCCUGUUUAUCAUACUUAACAUCUCUUUCCACACCCAUCUAUUUUAGAAGUGUCAUCGUACAUCUGAAGGCACAAGACCUUUCCAAAUAAUCACUGAGUGCAUGGGAGAGAAUUAGGCUUGCAGCUGUUAUCCCUGCCAACCAUCUCCACGUGUUCAUUUGAAGCCAAAAUCUACACAACUCAUACUCACGUUGGCUCUGUUCACAUGACUAUUUUGCAGAAGGGAUGGGGGACAUGUGGCCUUCCAUAUGUUGUUGGAAUUCCAGCUCCCAUAAGCCCCAGCCAACAUGGCCAAUGGUUAUAGAUUUUGGGAGUAAUGGUCCAACAGCACCCCAAGAGCCACAGUUGGUCCAUUCCUGUUUUGCACGGUUCUGGAUCACAGGAAAACAGCCUAAGUAUGCAUGUGUUACUUGUAAAUGUGUAGGCUCUAUUCAAGCAAUUUUCAUGAAUGCAUGGAGGUCAGGAAUGGGUGGCAAUGGGUGUGAUCCAAUUCUCCCUCUGUUUCGUGUGUUUGAUGACUCUCUGAAAAGGGCAGUGGUAUUAAGAGUGGAUGCCUUCAUGGAAUUUCUUUCCUGUGGUGAUUUUUUAAAAGAGGAAUCUGGAUGAACAUCCACUUGGGCAUUUAUUUUUCGCAGUUGUUUGUGCCCAAUGAACCAUACUAUUCCUUUCAACUGCUUGGAUACAGUUUUUGAGCAUCUUGGAAGCUGAACUUUUCAGAACCCGAAGGCCGAAAACCCAGAAGUAAUUGCUUCCAUUUUGGAACGUGCCUCAGAAGUCGAGUGGCUUACGCUGUGUGUUUUUCCAUUUUCUCAAUGGAAAUUUCCAACAACCCUUUGUGCCUCGGUUGUAACAAAUGUUUCGGAAGUCGAACAGUCUUCCAGAAUGGAUUACGUUCGACAAGCGAGGUUCCACUGUAUUUUUAUAUACCUAUGGGCUGCCUUGGCACAAAACAGUUGUCACUGAGUCACAAUUUGGACAAAAACAGCAACAACGAGUCUUUGAUUUGCCACCUUAUCAAAGCAAAUGGACUCUUGUUGUCUGGGAUAGUUUCUGUAGCAGUCAAACAUAACACAUCCAAUUUGUGACCCAGAGCUUAAAGGUUCUUUCAACAAUUGAUGUCUGGUUUUAUUUUAUUUUUCCCCUAUGGAUUUAUAUGGCUUUUAUUGUAUGGUUUUAUGUACGAUUGUAAACCACUUUGAUGGUUUUCUAUGAAAAGGCAGAUUGCAGCUAUGGGUUGUAUCCAUUGUUAAUCAUACUCAGAGUGGACCCAUUGAAAUUAAUGGAGAUGACUAAUUUAAGCCCACUAAUUUUAAUGGGUCUCCUCUGUGUAGGUCUUCCUUUUAUGCAAUUCUAUGACUGCAUAAGGCCCAGGACUUAUUUUGUCAGUUUCUUAUGUCUUAUCGGAAGCACAUGAAGACAAAAUUCUGCUAUCAAAAUAUAGCUAACCAAACAUUUUCUUCUGCAGAAAUGUAGAGCUACCUGGUUCUUUUGGAGCUGUCCUUGUUUACUGUGAAUUAAGAGUAACUUUUAGGGUAGUCUAAAUUUCACUGAGACCUGCCUAAUUGCCAGCUGCUUGCAGGAUUGAGGUAGCCAGAAAAAAACCACAGAUAUACCCAGCCUAUUUUCAGAUGCACUCUAAAGAACCAUGAAUCAGUGACUGGGUCCUUCCAGUAAACACACAUCCUUAUACAUUGAAAAAAAAUGUUUCAGACGUAUUUCCUCUGUAAAGAGACUACUCUCUCCCUAAGGCAGGAGAAGCUAGGUCCAUUCUAGAAUUAUCACAGAAGUUACACAAUAUAGCCUCAUGGUAGUUUCUUGGAAGAAAUGUGUCAUUGGCAAAAAAGUACACUCCCUAGUUUCACAACUUCUUCCACAGUUAAUUUUAUGGCACCCCUGACACUUCUACAUGUACACAUGCAUUCAUGCACACACACAAAUGCACACCAUAAAUGAUGUUCAAAAACUGUGUUACUUAGUUGAAAGGACCAAACCAACCUCUCUUCCCAGAAGGAUCAACUUUCCUGUUCUUGCAGUCAGGCUUCCCUUGAGCUCUCUCUUAAUAUUUAUAUUGAGCUAGUAAAAGUCUAUGUAUAUUUAAUCCUUUUUUUCUCACAAACAUUUCAAGCUUUAUUUUGAAUGUGGUCAUAUUUUGGCCUAGGCUCUUAGUUAGAUCAUCUGAUGGUCCCAUCUGUUCCAGCAGAAACAAAUCCAACUUGUUCAACCCUUAUUUGUGCUAACGCUUAGAAACUUGUAGAAUGGUACCUGGUUGUAAAUGUCAAAUGACUACAGAAAAAAGAAAGUAUGAUAUUUCUGCAGAAAACCCAGCAGCCCUGAUGAAGUCAUUUUGAAACCUCAGAAACCUAACUUCUUUGUUCUCGCUGCUUCAAUGUCUUGCUCGUUCCCUCCGCCCCUGUUAAUAGAUAUUAUCCACUUUCUAGCAUGGAAUGUUAGGUUUUUUCGAUUCCUUUUCAGGAAUAGAUUCAUCUAUUCAUAGUUGGCAAUCCCAGUCAUAUUUAUAUUGGUAUCAUUUGAGAAGAUUUCUCCAAGUAUGAUAAAUCCACACACACCCUCAAUCUUUGUUGCUGUUAUGAUAGGUAUAGUUUAAGUCUGCCUGUUAGGUUUGCCUAUUUCAUUGUCAUUAGCUGCCUUCAGCUAUUUUAUGGGAAAGUGGGGCAUAAAUGUGAUUAAUAAAUUAAUGGUGGCUGACAUGGUUCAUCCCAUUUACACAGUUAGCAUAUCUUUACUUUUGAGAUGCUAAAGAAAAACAGCUGCAGCUGCUUGAUCUCCAUGAGAGAUCUGAGGGGCAUCUUGCUGGCACUCCAGCCUUCACCAUCCUUGGUUCCCCAGAUGUUGUUAGGCAAAACAUCCCUGAACGUUGUCCAUGCUGACUGCACAUGAUGGGGAUUUUAAUACAGCAACAUCUGAAGACCCCAGGCUGGAGAAGGCUGAACUAGAUGGAAAUUUGAUCUAGAUUGGUAAGUCACUUCUUAAAUUCCUGUUAGAUAGUUGAGUUGCAUCAUUUUUCUUCAUCAUGAAGGUUCAUGCUCUAGAUCUGACACCGAUUGUUUAACUCAAUCAACUUCUGACAGAUCUAAAUCAGCUCCCUGGUCAAGUUCAAACCAGCAGUUGCUUUCUAACUAAGGCAGUAAUUUAGGCAGCAACGAUGAGGCUGUUGUGAUAUGGGCAACACUGAGGGAACUAUUCCCUCUAAUCUAUUAACUGUCAAAAGGCAUGAGAGACCUUCUUCCCUAUCUUGUAAGUGAAAACUUCAAGAUGUGGUAAGGGCAACGGUAAAUAGCAGCACAUAUCUUAUAUCUACUAUCUGCAAAUCUGAGGUUAAACAGUAUGGAUUUGAAAGAGAAAGCAAUCCAUGAAUGUAAAUGCAGUAUUAGGCCCAGAAAUUCUUUUGAAUUGUUAAGAAACCUACCAUGAAACACAAUAUCUUCCAAAGCAUACAAAGUCUUAGCAAUUAAAAAAAAAUCCUAAUAAGAAUACCAACUUCUAGAUUUAUUUAUUUUUAAACCUCAUAAGUAUACAGAUUUAAGAAUAAACAAAGCAUGUAGUUGCGUGUCGAGGUCCCCAAGCCACCCCCCAAAUAACUCACAACGCACACUUAAUUUUUGUUUAAGGUUUUUGGCAUAAUUUGGCCACAAAUUUAUUUAAAUACAAAACCGUGAGUGGUUGUUUAGGCAUUGGUUAAGACUAUCUGUCCCCCCGCCUGGGGACAGAACUGACUUCCGGGCACCACCGAAAGACAGUGCGGGGAAAACCAAGUCGGAGAGAAAUGGAGCUGAGUCACAGACCCUCAAUUCUCAUCCGCAUGCUCCCCGAAGGCUUGCCGGCCCUAGUCCCAUUCCAGGGAUUGGACGAAAAGAUGGCAAGCCCCAGGAUUCCUUUAACGGAAUUCCCUUUCCGCAGCAACCAUGGAGGGGCAGGCCCAGCCUAUCCUAACCCCUCCUCCACCAAUUUAUAACCAAUGCCUAACCGCAACCUUACAAGUUGUGACGAUUUGCUACGCAGUAGGCAAAAACCAAAUGGCCCAGCCAAUCAGCCAGAUGGACAAAAUUCCUACCAGGCCCCUGCCCCAAUGGCAGAUGACCCCAUGACAGGCAUAGCAAGGGCAGUGCAACAACCCCUUACUCAAGGGCGGGUGGGCGGGUGAUCCGUUGCACGCAGCAAAGAGAAAGCUCCAGGCUGCGUGCAGAGUAUUUAAACAUUUUACCCCUCCCACCAAAAUUGCAACAUAACUUUUACCCCAGCAACCCAGUGAACCAAUCACUGCCCCAGGCCAUCUUUAGAGACCCUGCCUGGUAACAGAGGGGUGGCUCAGCAGACCCCACCGCAACAUGUGCUCUCCAUGAAGGAGAACACGCUUUGUUGACUCAGAACUGGAAAUCUGGAUUGCCACUUAACUUGUUGGAAUUUAUGGGUUCCUUUUUACACAAAUUUGCAUGUCUACAUAUAUGUGUCUGGGCACACGAGUACACAGACUGCCUUGCCAUUUUUAUGAUCACAGUGGAGAGCAAGCAGCUUACUAAUUAUGACUGCUAAGUCAACAAAAGAGAAAUAUGGAGAGAUGUCUCAUAAUAAUGUAAGAUCUGUGGGUACAAUUUUUACAAGAUUUCUUCUCACAUUCCACCAUGUUGCUCUGUUCAAGACUAUUAAAAUUAUGCUGGAGAUAAUGGAUUUAGGAACAGUGUUCAAUGUGUCCACAUGCAAAAAGGACACACAAUUUCAAGUUACUUAAAGCAAAAGUUUUAUAAAAGAGCAACUGGGCUCAGACUUUGGAGUAAAGUUCAUGAAUACCUACUUUCUCCCUGUAGAAUCGCCUUGCUAAAGAAACUGUUAAAGAGCUGGCUACGUUGCAUGGCACAGAAUACACAUAUGGGCCAGGAGCUUCCACUAUCUGUAAGUACUGAUCUAACGAUAAUAUUACUUAGUUAUAAUAUAAUAAUACAUUAAAGUCCAUAAAUUGCUCUUAUUGCGGAUGUGUUUCUUCCCACCUUCCCAAGAGAGUGCUUUAGCACUAAGCAGAGAGUUUUCAAUAAACAAACGAGGAUGAUGUCAUGAUGUCAUGUCGAGUUCCCUAAAGCAAUAUUGCUCUUUUUUUCCAGGGCAUGUUGUGCUCAUCCAUCAAUUUCUCCCCAGCUGCACUGCUGAGGCACCAUUUUGUUUUCAGGUUUCAAAUGCGCUAAAUGAGUGUAUAAAGUUGGGCCGUGGGGGAGAGACACCUCAGGCCUGAGAGGCAAAGGCCUUUCUCUUUCUCCCUGGCCCUGGGGACUGUCUCCUGGGGCCAUGUUCCUCACCACCAUAAUUCACCUUGACCGCUUUUGCUUGCCCAGAAUGUGUCCUUUAACUGUGAUAACUGCCUCUUGUUUGUGUGGUUGGAGGAACAUGCACUUUGACGUGCUUUCGAACUGCUAGGUUGGCAGGAGCAGGGACCGAGCAAUGGGACCUCACCCCAUCGCAGGGAUUUGAACCGCCGACCUUCUGAUCGGCAAGUCCUAGGCUCUGUGGUUUAACCCACAGUGCCACCCUCGUCCCACAAGAUCACGUGUAGGUCACAUGAAUCGCCAAGGAGCACAUCCCAGUAGACACGAGUCCCAGUUUCUGAAAUGAAAAUGUUGUGGGUGGCACACUACUGUACAAAAUUAAGUCCUAUCUGUUGCAUCACCCACUUCAAAUAAAAUAAGAGUCCUGCUGGAUGAGGCCACAGACCCAUCUAUCCCAACAGACUGUUCUCACAGUGGCCAACCAGAUGGUUAUACUUUUGCAACCAACUCCAACCCCCUUUUUGACUCUGCCCAAGGGAUGUAAGGAGGCAGCAAUUUCCAUCCCAUCCGGGGUUCAUCUUGGGUUACAUAUGGCUGGAACUCAUGAGUGUAAUUAAACAAUUCUAGUGCAUUUCAGUAGAAGGCAAUCUUGAAAAACAAUGCAAAAAACAAUGCAUUUAUUUAUGUAAUGUUUUUGGACCAAAAAACCCGAUAGUGAAUAUUGCUUGUACACUAGUGGCCAAAAUUGUGGAAACCUUUUGGUGAAAGUGUAUUUCUGAGGUCUAAUGGCUCAUAAUACCACUUUUUUGGAGUAAUGCCAUGAAACUAUAUAUCAGUGGAAAGAUAAUUUAAUGAAGAAUGUAAUGCAACAAAGUUUGUUCAAUUAUCUGUAUUCUAUCAAAGGUUAUAGCCAAAUAACCAGAAAAAAGAAAUACAACUUGCUUAGGUUGAUAUGCAGUAGUUUUCCUUCAUUUGAAUGUAGCCAAUGAGCAUGAGUAUUUAGAGAGCCAAUGAGGUGUUAUGAGCCAUCAAACCUCGGAAAUACGCUUUUUCCAAGAGGUUUCCACAAUUUUGGCCACUAAUGUAUUCACUUAUGUGAUUUACAUUCCUGACCUCAGGUGAAUGUGUGAACUGCAAGGAUUGAUUCCAACAGAAUCCUCUGGCAUUCCUACUAUAACCCUACUCAGAACCAUUCCCCACCCAUGGCUUAGCAUAUCAUCAGAACCUGGGCCCAUGGUUAGGGUCCUCAUGAUGAAUCAUGAGCUGCAAAUCAAGAAGAAACCUAUCUUGCAGCUCACGGUUUGUCUAGAAUAUAAUCCAUGAGCCCAGGUCUAGACAACACACUAAGCCAAACCAUGAUUUAGCUCGGAGCAGUGUCGCAGUACCAGAACUGGGGGAAGAGCAAAGUGAGUGCAAUCUACUCUCCAGGAGUCCACAGGCCCGCACAUUUGUGCUAAACCAUGGGUGCAUAGCAGGGCAUAGUGUUAUAAACUCAUGAAGUUCAGCUGCAUUUGCCAGUGCUUUAGCUCACCAAACAUUUUUUCUUUCUUCAUCCUUGCAGACCCUGCUGCUGGUGGUUCUGAUGACUGGGCUUAUGAUGAGGGCAUCAAGUAUUCCUUCACUUUUGAACUUCGGGACACAGGCCGAUAUGGCUUUGCUCUUCCUGAAUCUCAGAUAAAGCCAACUUGUGAAGAAACUCUGAUUGCUGUUAAACAUAUUGCCAUGUAUGUCCUUGAGCAUCUGUACUAAAAUAGCAUUCCAGAACCAUUAAAGAAAGCUUGAUGCAUCA